AUGGCAUCUAAAACGGACUAUCAACCAGUGAAGAGAUGGGGACACUCCACAGUAAAGGUAGGAGACUACCUAUAUAUGUGGAGUGGAGCCCUGUCUGGAGUGCAAGACAGUCAAAAGGAAAAAGCACAAAUGGAUGUGUAUCAUUUACCAAUGGGAACUUGGGACCAGAAACCUACUACUGGUACCCCUCCUCCAAAAACCAGUGGCUAUUCAUCUGCUGCAGUUGGAAACAAUAUUUAUUACUUUGGUGGUCUUGGCCAUGGCUAUCAUAACAGCAUGCAUUGUUUUAACGUCAAUACAUUCAAGUGGAUGGAACUCUCUCCUUCUAGUUCUGAUCGCAGCCCAUUGAGGAAGCUGUACGGUUGCAUGAUAUCAAUUCAUUUUGAUGGUGAGGACUAUCUUGCAAUAAUUGGAGGAAUUGGAUCAUCUUCUACACCUGAGCAACAUAAUGCUCAAUAUAAAGAUACUGGUAGAUGUAAUGAAAUACAUUAUUACAAGAUUUCAUUAGGUCAGUAA